GUGGUUAAACGUACUUUCGACCCGCGCGCGCGCAAACUUCACGCUUACAUGAGUGCAGUAGCCGACAAAAUAAAACAAUAACAGUUGGAAGAAUAAUUCUCUUUAGGGUAUGUUUCAAAUUAGAGUAAAAGUUACCUUCGCCAUGGUUCAGUGAGAAAAAAGUCACCUAAGGUUACAUGUAUACACAUGACCGGCAUCCGUAUUGUUGUUUCAGUGAGUGUGAAAAACCUUUGAAAAAAGGGAAGUGAUUUUAAUUUGAAUGUUUGGUUUGUUACUGCUUUGGUGAUGUUGUACUUUUUUGUUUUAUUUGCAACUGUGGGAUUGCAUGCUGUUGUGAUACCAGAUUUUUUUUCUUGUUGUGACUCAUCGCCGGAGCUGUUAGCGGAAAGUUUAAACCAUUUGUAUGUCUGCUGAAAACACGGAACUUGUGACUUUCUUAUUGCCACUAUGAUUUGUUCUUUUUUAGAACAGAAAUGGAUUUAUUGAUUAACUCAGUAGUAAAACAUCCAGGCUGAUUCUCUGUGGUGAUGAAAAUGUGCCUCCGUCAACAAUGGACAGCAUCGCCGUACAUUCUACAAUGUCGACAAUCGUUCCUGAUCUCUACGAAUUUGCGGUCAGAAAACGAAAAGGAUCUUUCUAUAAAUUUCGAAGAGUACGAUUAAAGCAGAUAUUUGAUUGUUUGUCAGUGGUUAUAGCGUUAGUACUUAUUCCAAUAGUGUCAUGUAACCGUCCACCUAGAUUUUUGAUCGACGGUCAUUCAGAAAUAGUUUUAAGGCUAAAAGAAGGACCCGAAACUCCUGUCGGUACCCUUAUAUACAAAUUGAAAGGUUACGAUCCCGAUGGUGAUCCACUCACAUUCGGUGUGCGAGAAUCAAUAGAUAGUGAUGUGAUAAGAGUCGAGCGUAGUGGUGUAAAUGAAGCCAAUGUCUAUUUGAACAAAGAGCUUGAUAGGGAAUCAAAAGAUGAGUACUCAUUAAUUUUAACGCUUAGUGAUGGUCGUUUGGGGGACUUUUCCGUUACCCAAAGUUUGUUGCUGCUGGUGGAAGAUGUUAACGAUAAUGAGCCUAUAUUCAAGCCAUUCACAUCAGCAGUGGAAGUGUCAGAAGAUAGCCUACCGGGGAUUAUCGCUACGAUUGAAGCAACCGACCGCGACGAAGGAGCAUAUGGCCAAGUGGUUUACUACUUGGAGGAACUGGAUGGAGAUAACGAUGUGUUCACCAUAUCUACCACAUAUGGAAAAGGGAUUAUUCGGUUAGUUGGCUCACUGGAUUAUGAGAGAAAAGGUUUAUAUCAACUGCGUGUCCUGGCAAAGGACAGAGCCAACCAGGGAAGAACCAACACAGGUACAGCUGCCUUACUCGUCCAAGUUAAAGAUGUGGAAGAUCAACCGCCCGAAUUCAUCGUAGCAUCGUCAGUUCUCCGGGUUUCAGAAGAUGCACCAGCUGGAACCAUCGUUACUCAAGUCAAGGCUAUAGAUGGUGACCGAGGCGUCAAUAACCGUGUUCGUUAUUCAAUAUCGACAAACAUGAGCAUUCCUUUCAAAAUAGAUGAAAAUCUGGGUACAAUUGUGACUACAACGAAACUUGAUCGAGAAGAUGCCAGGAACCGUGCCAAUGCAGCCUAUAUUCUCAAAAUAGUUGCAAUGGAAAGAGAUUCGAAAAUUAAGCCAGCUCCAUCGGUUAGAACGGAAAUCACAAUCAUCAUCACCGAUGUCAAUGAUGAGACCCCUACAUUCAGAAACCACUCGUAUGAAUGUGAAAUCAACGAAAAUGCGCAGCAAAAUACUCCCGUAUCGUUUAUUGGGUUCUCCAGGAAUGAAGUUUUCGAUUACGACCAAGGACAUAACGGCACAUUCGAUCUCUAUUUAGAACCUAACAAUGGUUUGUUCGAAAUUUCACCCAGUAGAGCAGUUAACGAGGCAACGUUUAUCCUUCGUGUGAGAGAUCCAGAUUUGCUAGACUAUGAGAAGGUGAGAUCAAUGAAUUUUACGAUUCAUGCCAGAGAAAUAGCAUCGGAGGGAAAACAUACCAUGGCAAACAUUAUGGUUCACGUUAGAGAUCAAAAUGACAACUUUCCAGAAUUUUCUAAGGCUGUGUACGAGUGUUAUCUUCCUGAGAACAGUGGAGUAGGAGCUCUGCUGACGCAGGUUCAGGCUGUUGAUGUCGAUUCGGGUGAUUUUGGGACAAGUGGCAUACGAUUUAUUAAUUUAUCUGGCAGUAUAGCGGACCUGUUGGCACUGAAUCCACUUACUGGUGUCAUUAAAAUAAAAUCACCCGGAGGACAUGCUCUGGAUCGGGAAAUAGUGCAAAAACAUUACUUAACGAUCGAAGCGAGGGAUAAUUUGGGAAGAGGAAAUCGAAAUACGGUUCAACUGGUCGUGCACAUUUUAGACGUUAAUGACAACGCACCAUUGUUUCUACAAAGUACAUAUGAGGCCCGCUUAAUGGAGAAUAAGCUUUCAUUUGAAACGCCGCUAGUUUUGGAAGCCCGGGAUGCUGAUUUAAAUGGAACGAAAAAUAGUGAAAUCAAAUUUGACAUUAUUGAAGGACAGUUCAGAGAAAACUUCACCAUUAAUAUGAAGACAGGCCACCUUACCCCCGUAACUCCUAUUGAUUUUGAGCUUCUUACUAGCGGCACGUUCAACAUAAGACCAAUAUAUCUUACCGUGUUGGCAUCGGACGGUGGAGUUCCAAAGUUGAGUUCAAAAGUUUCGGUGAUAAUUUAUGUUCAGGAUGUGAACGAUUAUGCUCCUCAAUUUCUACACUCGGUGUACACUCAAUCUGUUCCAGAGAACUUACCAAGUGGCAGCCACAUUGUGGAAGUCAAAGCCAUAGACAAAGAUGGAUCAUCACCGAAUAAUUUCAUUGUUUAUAGGAUACAUAGCGGAGCGAGUGACAAAUUCGUUAUCAGUCCGGAUACUGGGGUUAUUUCAGUCGCCACAGGGGCUACUUUAGAUCCAGAUAUGACAGAUCCUAAAGCAACGGAGUAUUCUCUUAGUGUGCUGGCAUUAGACGGAGGAAUAGGUGAACAGCAGUUACAAACCUACUGCAAGGUGAAUAUAACAAUCAACGAUGUGAAUAACAAAUCACCAUAUUUCUUGGAUCCUGGAACCAUAUCAAUCCGAGAAAACACGCCAGUCGGAACGUAUGCAUAUAGAUUAAUAGCCAACGAUCUGGAUAAAGAUCCCAUUCUUCGAUACUACAUGGACAACAACAGUUCGGAAGCUAGAUCGGAAGAAGGAGGACUGGUGAAAUUAAGCGAGUAUGACUUUUUAUCAGCAUUUAUGUUGAAUUCCACGGAUGGAUUGAUAAGGGUAAUAAAACUUCUCGACCGCGAGAAAGUCGAGGUCAUCAAGUUAGGAUUUAUUGUUGAGGACAUUGCGGCUGAAUCCGGAAAGCAGACGGCAACAACCACGCUAACCAUCCUGAUAGAGGAUGAGAAUGAUAAUAAUCCGAAAUUUAAAAACUCUUUCUAUAAGCGUUCCAUUCCGGAGAACAGUCCACACGGUGUAACGAUUAUGAGCGUGGUUGCCUACGAUAUGGACAAAAAUAAAACCAUCCGUUACAGUCUUGAAGGACCAAAGGAAAUAACUGAUCUACUUCAUCUCGAUGCGGAAACUGGAGAAGUUGUGGUAGCCAACAAGAUCGAUUACGAAAUAUUUCCAUGGUUGAACUUUACCGUGAGGGCUACUGAUUCUGGCUAUCCAUCUAGGUCAACAUUGGCGGAAGUAUUUAUUCAGGUCAUCGACGAAAACGAUAAUAAUCCAUACUUUCCAACUGACGCCACAAAUCUCACAGUAUAUGAAAAUUCGCCAAUUGGAACGAGGAUUGCAAUCAUACAAGCACUCGAUCCAGAUUCUGGAGCGUUCGGUAGAGUUACGUAUCUGAUUGAUAGGGUGAGCGCCAGUGGAAAAUUUUCUAUUGAUCCGGAUACUGGUUUGCUAGUCGUAGCAGAUUACUUGGAUCGAGAAAAGAAAGAUUCAUACAUGGUAGUGAUUGAGGCUUGGGAUAACUACCAAUUUGGAUAUCUGAGUGGUGAAAGUCGAAACGCUUUCAAGCAAAUAUUCAUUUCCAUUCUUGACGAGAACGACAACUCCCCAAAAAUACAAGCACCUGACGGAUGCGUCCAAGUCACUGAGUUUCAUGAUGUUCGAGAGCCAUUAUUGGUGCUGAAGGCUACUGAUGCUGAUGACCCAAAGACAGGAAACGGCCUAAUUGGAUUUGAUAUCAUCGAUGUUGCUGGAAUGGAUAUAUUUUUUCUAAAGCAAAGGGAGAGAGGUGUGGCUGAAAUAUAUUCGGGUCGGUCACUAAACAAUCUUUAUGGAAACUAUUCCCUGCUUGUAAUGGCCAGGGAUGAAGGAAGUCCACCGAAUACUGUCAACGAAAAAAUCGAUAUCUGUGUGUUAGAUUUCAACGAUCACGCUCCGGAGUUUGUUUCUCCAUCCAGCAACGUAACUAUUCGUAUUCCAGAGAAUGCAACUGUUGGAACGAACAUUAUACAAGUCAUGGCCAAGGAUGGUGAUAUAGGCCCUAAUGCAGCAGUGAAGUACCGUUUCAAACCCGAUCCAAUGGGCAAUUAUCGGUCGUUCUCGAUUGAUGAAGACACUGGAUCAAUCACGCUCAAACUGCAUCUUGAUCGAGAACGUCAGAAGGUACAUGAGCUACGAGUCGAAGCGUACGACCAAGGAAUUCCUACACCACUAAGUUCUGAUUUGGACCUGACCAUUUAUGUUCGAAAUGUCAACGAUUAUGAGCCGCAGUUUUUAGUAGAAGAGAUAACGGUGAAUUUCACCGAACAUGCUAAACCUGGCACGGAACGAAGACAAUUGCCGGAUACGAUCGAUCGAGACGAAGUUGAUGAUUUAGAUGAUCCACCGACUACUGUGUGCUACUUUAUUGUUCAUGGCAAUGAAAAUGGGUAUUUUUAUUUGGAUCCUCAUACUCAUAUUCUGACGGUGACAAAAGAGCUUGAUAGGGAAACCAAAUCCAAUCACACGCUCAUUGUAAAAGCGACAGAGGACUGCAUCAAUACGCCACCGAGCAUAAGUCUUAGCCGGCCGGAAGCUGUCGCUCUUCAGAGGAUACCGUUCAACAAUCAUCAAAGGACAACUAGACCGACGACGGUGGUGAACCAAUAUGUCAAUAUUUAUGAACGUUAUAAGAAGUCGCGCAGUCUAGAUGCUCCACCAAGAGGCGAUAAUAAUCGUAUUGCGGAGGUAGAAGUGGGAAGACAAGCUGCAGAAUCAACAUCUCUUCUUGCGCCAUACUUUGAAAAAUAUACGGGGGAGUUAUUUUACCACAAUGACAACACGCUGGUACGGAUUCUUGUUAACGUGCAAGACAUCAACGAUAAUCCACCGGUGUUUAUACAAAAGAUUUUCACCGGUGGGGUCACCACUUCGACAGUGUUCGGAACUCAAUUUAUGAUGCUUACGGCCAUCGAUCGCGAUGACGGUGUUCACGGUCAGAUAAGCUACUACCAAAUUGGUGAAAUCAAAAAAACACUAACUGAAGGAUUGGAAAAUGUGCAAAAACCACCGUUUCUGGUCGACCGCCGAACCGGAGCUGUUCAAUUAAAUUUCGACCCACAAAAGGGCAUGAAAGGCUAUUUCGACUUUAAAGCUUUAGCCAACGACAGCGCCGGUCACACAGACGAGGCUCAUGUAUUCAUCUACCUGCUGAGAGAGGAUCAAAGAGUAAAGUUUGUCCUUCGUUUGCAACCAACAGAAGUGCGGGAGAAAAUUUUCACUUUUCGAGACGUGCUGAGUGACGUGAGUAGCAGUAUCGUAAACAUUGACGACUUUAGAAUACAUGAAAAUCGAGACGGGUCCGUGGACAAAACUAAGACUGACUUGUAUCUUCAUCUGGUGAACCGGCAGGAUAAUUCGAUUUUGGAGGUUUCGGAUGUAUUAAAAAUUGUAGACCAAAAUAUCGAAAAGUUGGACGAGCUGUUCAAAGAAUUCAACGUUCUGGACACCCAGGCAUCAGAGGCCUCAUUUUUCGUGGCAGAGUUAUCGGGCACACCGGUGGUAGUAUGGUUAUUCGUGUCCAAUUUGUUUAUCGGAGCACUACUGACGGUUGUGUUAGGAUUGUGUGCCUCGCAACGUGCAAGCUAUAGGCGACAGUUGCGGGCUGCUCGUGUUGCCAAUUACGCAGUAGCCCAUUCGGAUUUGGUGUCGCGAGGUGCUUUGAAUUCAGUACCUAAUACAAACAAGCACAGUAUUGAGGGCAGCAACCCAAUUUGGAUGAAAGCAUACGAAAACGAGUGGUUCAAAAAUGAUGACGAUCUCACUAAGAACAUUUCCGGACCAGAAUCGAUGGACGACAACAUCAUAAACACAGAUGAUUACGUAUCAAAAAUGUAUAACACGGACAGGUAUGAUAUCGUGAAGCAGUACAAUUUAUAUUCUCAGAUUGAUAAGCUAACAAAUGGGAACAUACUCACCAAAAAACUGGAAACUACGGAGCUUUAAUUUUUAUGAGGUAUGGUAAAA